GCACAGGGUAUUGGCCGGAUUGGCACAGCUAGUUCAAAUUCGUGGAAACGUAGCUUCCUUUGGUACAAGGUCCAUGAAGUUGCAGGUACGACCGCUGAAAGGGGAAACCUUUGACCUGGAAGUUGAACCAGUGUGGACCAUAAAGGCGGUAAAGGAGGCCAUCGCAGCGACAAAACCAGAACUCCCCACAGAGCUGCAGAAGGUCCUGCACAAGGGCAAGGUUUUGCAGGAUGCUGACACUCUGCAGGAUGUCGGCAUUGUUGAUGGCGAUUUCGUGGUCAUAAUGAUGGGAAAAGCUAAGCAGGCUGAGGCACCAGCUGCUCCAGCUGCACCAGCUCCAGCUGCACCAGCGGCUCCAGCUCCGGAAGCAGCCGCCGCUCCAGCGGCCCCGCCCCCUGCUCCAGCAGAGGAUGAGACUGCAGUGCAGAAUCUUUGUGAGAUGGGUUUUCCAAGAGAAUUGGUGAGGCAAUGCCUGCGCGCUGCCUUCAACAAUGCUGACAGAGCUGUGGAGUACCUCAUGAGUGGCAUUCCUCCACAUUUGCAACAUUUGGCUGAUGGGUCUGCACCAGCACCUGCGCCAGCUCCUCCAGCGCCUGUGCCAGCUCCGCCAGUGGUGCCGCCAGCACCUGGACAGAUGCCGCAGCAACCGUCGAGGCCGCUUAUUCCAGCACCGGAAACAGGACCUUUGGCACCGCUGGCGAACCACCCAAAAUUCAAUGCUCUACGGCAGGCUGUUCAACAGCAUCCAAGUACACUGAACCAAGUCCUUACGGUCAUUGCGAAGGGGGAUCCUGAGAUGAUCAAGCUGAUCGCGGAGCACCAAGAUGAGUUCGUUCGCCUUUUGUCUCAACCGCCCACAGCUGAUCCUAUCGCAGCCAUGCUGCAGGCUGCUCAAGCUCGUGGUGCACAGCCAGCACGGCCGCCCCAACUUGGAGCAGGGGAUGAAGAGGCAAUCCAGCGUUUAGAAGCGCUUGGAUUUCCUCGUCGUGCGUGUGUUGAAGCUUACUUGUCUUGCGACAGAAACGAGGAGUUAGCGGCAAACUAUCUCUUUGAUCGAAUGGAGGAGUAAGUUCACAUGUGCAGA